AAACUGUUAGCAGGGAAAUGCGAGUAAACCCCGCGAAUCCCGCCAAGAGCGAAUUUCUUACUACUCGCAAGUUCCGCCGCGCCAUGUCCGCAUCAGCGCGCGCCGCAUCUCUCGCUUGCGCUCCGCUUCUCCGCUCCCGCAACAUCUGCACGCUUCCGCUAUCCCCUAACCUCGCUUUCUCCCCCGUCCCCUUUUUGCGCGCGUCUCUGCCUGCGCCAACUAGUACCACCUUCCGCGCACGCAUUCACGCUGCGGAAAGUCCGCAUCUACUGAGUCAGUCUGGGCGCGGCGCAAUAGUCGACCGUGUUUUGUUGCGCGGAAGCGCUCUCUCCCCACGCGUUCCGCCAGCGGCGGAAGGCUUGCGCGGAAUCUGCGGGACUUCACCACGCUUAGCCACAUCCGCAGCUGCUGGUGCCGCCCGUCGGGGGAGCCAUCCGCUGAAGGCGGUGAUGGCGCAAGCGGGGAAUGGUGGAAGCGGAGAGCAGGGGGAAGCUUCGGGGGAGCGGAAUGUUGCGCCGUUCGGGGCGUGGGAGUCCCCCAUCGGCGCGGAUAUGGCGAGCGGCGCUAGCCUGCGGUUCGGCGGGGCGAUGGUGGAUAGCGAGGGGCGACUGGUGUGGGCGGAAGGGCGGCCCACUGAAAAGGGUCGGGUGGUGGUGGUGAGAGAGGGUACACGUGGCGCAACCCCAUUGGACAUCUCCCCUCCCUCCAUGAAUGUGCGAUCUCGCGUGCACGAGUACGGCGGGGGGGCCUUUCUGGUCGCCCCCUCUCCUCCUCCUGCCACUUCGGAUGCCACGUCAGCAGGUUGCGGUGUGGAGGGCGAUCUGCUGAUCUUCUCCAAUGGAUCCGAUCAACGGCUGUACUCGCUCCAGCUGACAUCCAGCGGUCCAGAUGCAGCCGAGGCAUCCCAUCCCAAACCGCUGACCCCUGUUGUUGAGCCGCCUGGCACUCUGCGAUUCGCUGACGGGCGGCUGGACAUGCGGAGGCGGCGAGUGAUCUGCGUUCAGGAAGAUCAUCGCCCUCCAUCAGAGACAGCAGCACCCAGCGAAAGCAGCAAUCAUCGCCCUCCAUCAGAGACAGCAGCACCCAGCGAAAGCAGCGGCAGUGGUGGAACAGAGGAGCAUGGGGGGCAUGGGGAGCCGAGUAACAUGAUUGUGGCAGUGUCUCUGGAUGGGGAUGGGCCGGAAGGUCCCCUGAUGCUGGCAUCAGGAGCUGAUUUCUACGCCUCGCCGCGCGUCAGCCCAGAUGGCACCCAGCUGGCAUGGGUGGAGUGGAGCCACCCGCACAUGCCAUGGGAGAGGAGCAGAGUGAUGGUCGGCACGUUUGGUGAUAGCGGCCUCCUCUCCUCAGUGCAGUGUGUGGCAGGAGCGGACGAUUCCAUAUUGGAAGCACCCAUGGAGCCCCUAUGGUCUCAGGAAGACGAUCUCUACUUCCUCUCAGAUCGCUUUUCGGGCUUCUGGUCUCUGCACCGAUGGAACCCUGCAUCGGCUACAGUAGAGGUAGUUGCAGAGAUGCCGAAGCAAGACGGUGCCGAACUGAUGGUGGAGGUUGGGGGACCCCUCUGGGUGUUUGGCAAUGCGAGCUAUGGGUUUAUACCUGACAGCCCUCACCACGUCGCUGCUAUAUGCCAAGUGAAGGGGCAGUCUCAGCUGGCCAUCAUCAACACCCUCACUCGCUCCUUCACACUCACUCCUCCCUCCGACCCUCCUCUCACCCAGAUGUCACACCUGGUGGCUGGCAAGGAUCGUCUGUUUGUGUGUGCCGGCGGCCCCUCCACUCCCCUUUCCUUCUACGAGCUGAAGCCAUCUCCGGACAUGGCAUCUCUGCAUGUCCUCCUCCCCCCGAUCCGAGCAUCAACCGCCAUCGACACUGCCUCUCUCACCCCCUUCCUCUCCUCGCCUCAAUGGAUCGAAUUCCCCACCACCACCCCUGGGCAAGAGAACACCCACAGCGUACCCCCCCGCACGGCACACGCUCUCUUCUACCCGCCAAAGAACGGGAAUUUCCGGGGUCCUGAUGGAUCCCUGCCCCCCUUGCUGCUCAAGUGCCAUGGGGGACCCACGGGUUGCCUGGACUCCGCUCUGCGCCUGCCGCUUCAGUUCUGGACGUCAAGAGGCUUCGCUGUUGUGGACGUCAACUAUGGCGGCAGCACGGGUUAUGGGCGCGAGUAUCGGGAGCGGCUGCAUGGGCAGUGGGGAGUGGUGGACGUUGAUGAUGCAUGCAGCUGCGUUGAGUACCUGGUCCGUUCAGGGCUGGUCGAUGGCUCCAAGGUGGCGAUCGACGGGUCGUCGGCAGGAGGCUUCACCACCCUCUCUGCCCUCACAUUCCGUUCAGUCUUUAGAGCUGGGUGCUCGUUAUAUGGGAUUGGCGAUCUGGAGGCUCUGGCUCUUAUGAUGCACAAGUUUGAGAAGCACUACACCGAUACCCUUGUUGCACCCUACAGCACGCCUGAAGGAAAGCAGCUAUACCAGGACCGGUCACCAAUCAAGCACGUUGACAAGCUCGCAUGCCCUUUGCUGCUGCUGCAAGGACUUAAAGACCAGGUUGUGAGCCCUGACCAAGCCCGUGCCAUGGAUGCUGCAGUGAAGGCCAAGGGUCUGCCCGUUGCUAUUGUUGAGUUCCCAGACGAAGACCAUGGCUUCCGAAAUGCAGACAACAUCAAGGCAGCAUUGGAGAUGGAGCAUGAGUUCUUCUGCCGUGUGCUGCUCAAUCUGCCGCUUCCUCCCAGCAAGAGGCGGCUGACCAUUGCCAACUUCGAUGAGGACACCUGAACAGUAAUGGCCAUUCCUAGACCUCGUCACCUCGCAUCAGAGUCCUGAGUCCAGACCCACCUCACAUUUGAUGUACAGUACUGGGCGGUUAAAACUUUUGGCUCACAAUUGAGUUUCAGCUUGGUGCGUCACAAUUUUGACUUUAGGUGGGGUCUGACACAAGGGCUUUGGAAUUCGCUGACUAUUGUUAUUUGGUAACAUGGCAGGCAAAUUGAGUGUAUCCAAGCA